UUGAAUUUGGUAAUUGCUUUGAUGACUGGAAUAUUUGUUGAAUAUGGUACCAUGAGAUAUAUACGGAGUAAUAGUUUAAUAUCUUCAGCUAUAGUCGACUCUCUGCUGACUCAUCAGCCGCUCACCUGGAAUCAAGUUUGAUCAAUUCAUCCUCCAUCUGCAUCUCUGCUCCCCCCAACUAUCAUCAUCUGUGAAAAUGGCAGUGGCAUCUCCCUCCUCCUUCUACAUGGUGCUCUUCAUCCCUCAGUGAUCAUCCCCUGAAUGGGUGUAUGGGUGCCCCGCCAUGGAUUCCAACGGCUCCUAUACCCGCUCCUUCGACGAAUCCUUGAUUCGCGAAUUACCCCAGCUUCAGUCUCUCCGCAUUGCUCCCCUCCGUCAGCCCGUGUCUCGCCUCUUGGCUGUGCCCUCCCCGCUCGAACCAAAUGCCAGUCACGUCCGGGAACCUUCCAGUAACACCAAUUCCGGCAUCCUCCCUGCCCGCAAUGACUCGGCCCAAUCUGGAGCCACCGAAGGGGCGGCUGCUCCCCGACCGAAGAAGUCGGAUGCCCCUGCGGAGUCCCUCCCCAGCCUGGAGGCGCCUCCCCGGCCAAUUCUCCCGGCUUUUGUCAAUCUCCGCGCUCUAGAACGAUACCCCUACUCUUCGUUCGAUGAUGACACCCUUCACUUCCGCAAGCGCAGGCGUUUGGGCGGUCAGGCGGAGACGUUCAGUGAACACCUGCAGUUGCCUAUUCCUCAGGCACAAAAGGAGCAGCGUCCGCCGCCCUUCGGCCCUUUUGCUAUUCUCAAUGGUCUCAAUGAGCCACCUCCAAAUGCGGCCUUGCUUCCUCCAAUUGAACCCGGCUCGAUCACACAGCUACUGACCAAACCGUCCCGAGGCAGCGAGGCUGUGGAGCCGGGCUUACUCACUGCUAAUGCUGCAGAUAGUCAGAUUGCGGAGCGACGAGAAGGUCGCAUCGAGGAGAUCCUUGAUUCUCCGGUCGACAAAGCGGCGGACGGUGAUAUCGCCAGCGGACUGCUGGACGAUGUCGCUGCAGCGGAACGGACACGAACCGAGAAGACAGACACUGAGACUGACAAUAAAGACGCCUCCGCGGAGGACAAUACCGAACCUCUGUCGCCUAAAACGCGGGGCCGGUCCCGCAAGAACCUUCGUAAGUGGACCGAGGAAGAGACGACUGCUCUGCUGCGCGGGGUGGUCAAGUGCGGCAUCGGCAACUGGACGGCGAUUCUGGCCCAGCCGGAGUUGAAGUUCAACAAGCGUAGCGCAUCCAAUCUGAAAGAUAGGUUUCGUGUGUGUUGCCCCUGGGCAUAUCGGGCCGCGGAUCCCAAUGAAGCCACCAAGCAGCUGCAUGACACGCUCGCGAACGCCCUUUCGCGAGCCGAAACCGAAGGGACCGACGGACAAGCGGGGAAGAUCCAUCUCCCACACCCGCGGGGGGCUAAUACGGAGGCCAGUGGCGCUGCGGCGAAUGAGCCCAGCAGCUCCAAGGAUGCUGAUUCGAAAGGCAGCAAGGCUAAGAACAGCACCUUGUCUAAGACUACCCCUACGCUCUCUAGUAGAUCCAAAUCCACGCUGGCGUCCCUGGGCAUCCCCGAGCCGCACUUUACGAUGAAGUCGCGGCGUCGCUCACGCCGCCCGUUUACCGUGGUCGAGGACGAAGCGCUGCUGAAAGGCUAUGCCGUGCAUGGCUUCCAGUGGACGCUGAUCCAGCAGGACAAGCGAUUGAAUCUGAGCCAUCGCCGGGCCACGGAUCUGCGAGACCGAUUUCGGACCAAAUUCCCGCACGCCUACCGGGACGGAGGAUCCGUGAGCGGACGAUUACCAGGAGGAAAUCCUGACCCUGGAAAGCAGCAUACUGCACGGGGAUCUGCUCGCGGGCAGGCGGAGAGCGGCAAUGCGCGCGGGCCAAUUGAUCCAGCGCUGUCGCCUCCAGCCCCGCCACAGGGACUCCACGAGAGCACGAGCAGUGCGGGAGUAUUUUCGUUUGCGAUGGACGAGAAUUCGGGGGUGGAUGCGACGUGGGCAGAUAAUACGUUGGCGCCGAUGUGGGAUGAGCUUGCAUAGUGAGCUGCAUAGCGAGCUUCAUAGAUAAGCGCUUUAAAGCUAGUGUGGUUGCAUUUAAACAGUCAGUAGACAGUGUUACCGACUAAUUGUAGGCAGAGCAGCAAAGUAGAUUGCAUGGGAGUGGAGUAGUGUGAAGAUGCUCAGGAUGAUAACAGCUUUUAUGCUAAGAUCAGACAGGCAUGAAUGACAGAACAAACACUGAUUGCAAAAAGGACAACAGAACGCUAGUUACAUGAUAUCCGCCAGACAAGGACAGAAUGAAAAAAUGAACAGACGAAUACUACCUUACCUGAACCCGCAAUUGCCAAUGAUUUCCCUCCCACCAUACCAUACCAUAUCCCCUCCCUCAUUCAUUCUCCCAUACCCAUACCAUAUCCCCUCCAUACCC